ACAAAAAAAAGCAUAAAUAAAACGCAAUAAAAUUCUGAAGGAAUAAUUUCAUUGAAAGCCAAAUUUCAAGUAAAACUUCUUUUAUUUUUAUAUUCUUAAAACACUAAGAAAAAAAUCAGAAAAUAGAAGAAAACAUUGAAGCUUUCAGUGCACGAUUGCAGCUCAACGGUUAAAGGAUACAAGAAAAACAAACAAAGAGGCAUGGAGAGCAAAAGUAUUAUAAGCGCCAGUGGACACACGGAGGAAGGUUUCGGUGGCGAAUACGAAGGCGAGCCCAGCACUGCCAACGCUUGUGGUCCUUGCGGCCAAGGUUGCUGCCGGUAUCAAGGUAAUACCAGAAAUGUGUAAAGAGGAAAAAUUAACUGCAAACCCAGCGCAUGGCAAUCGAACCAUAGCAAAUCUACAGGGACUGGAGUGCAAUGAUAAACCGCUUAGUCAAAAAUCCGAUGACUCCGAUUGCACCAUACUUUCCGACCAAUCCGAAAGCAAUGCACUGAAGUCAAUACCUUACGGCGGCGCACAAUCAGCGGACGACAAAAGUUUUGCAGGCGUGCAAACGCUGGACCGCAUAAUGUUGGCACACUCAGAGCACGCGAUAACGACUGGCCACAUUUCAGUCGAUUGCGUUGCCGGUCAGUUAGCGGUGACGCAUGAAAACAUGCUGCAGGCUGAUAGUGAUGGUGGUGUCAAACAGAAGGGCUUAACUGCGUCUGGGCAGGCGGGAAUGGCUGCCACCGUGGCUGGUGAUGGUGGUGGUGGCGGUGUUGAAGGCGCGCCUCAAACUACACCCACCGGCUCGGUGCGCUCGAUUGGAUCACUGGUUUGUCGCAUUUGUCACAACUCGGAAGACCCAGAGAGAUUAGUUUCGCCAUGUUUGUGCAAGGGCUCGUUAACAUAUGUGCAUAUUCAUUGCCUGGAGCGCUGGAUUGGCACCUCGAGGAGUACAGUUUGUGAACUUUGCCAAUUUCAAUAUAAUACCGUGCAGACAUUGAGAUAUACAUGCCUCCAAUCGCUUCGUAUGUGGUAUUCUCGUUCGAUGAGUCGACGUGCGCUACAGGAAGAUUGCCAAAUGUUCUCGCUACUCACACUUGUUGCCUUCGGCAUAAUUGGUACGCUGCUUGUUGGUAUACAAUAUUAUUUCUUACAAGGCCAGUCAUGGGUGUUAAGUCGUAUGUGGACAAAAGGUUGGCUCAUAUUCUUCCUCUUCACAACGUUGACUAUUUAUUUCAUAAAUAUUUAUAUGAUACUCAAAUCACAAUUAAGUCCGUGGUACAGGUGGUGGCAAUCGGCCCGUGACAUCAAACUAAUAUUGGAAAACCGCAAACCCUUUCAAUUUCGCCCCAAUCGACGGUUGCAAAAUAAUCAACUGGCACAGGCACUAUCGGAUAUGGCUUCUGAUGUAGCACAACAACAACAGCAACAACAACAGUGGCAGCAACAGCGAAAUCCAUCAACAACCGCACUCACAUCCCAAGCGUCACCCACAAUGACAGCAAACGUACCGCAACAACAGCAACAACAACCGCCUUACCAACCAAAUCAGGCAAUACCACCAACCUUUGCCGCCAUCAGCAUGCCGUUUCACACAGGCAAUGGCAAUGCACCUGAAAGCCGAGGCACUCCGUUGUCCAUAACUAUAAACAGCAGCAGCGAUAGCAUUGAGUUGCAGCAACAUAACAGCGGCAACAGCAACAAAUAUAUGAACAAAUUUGAAGCGAACGACGACUAUGACACAUUGAGCUGUUGCGGCAAAAUGCCGUUAGCCAUGAUCGCCUACGAGGAUGGCAGCGAAAGAGCAGAAGUGGGAGUGUCAGCGUCAGCGACAGCAGCAACGUUACAUUGCAAUAAACUGAUAACGGCAGCUACAAUUGAGAUUCCGCUCGAGAAUUGCCUCUACGAAUUCGAUGCGGCGCGGCGUUGUGAGGUGAUGCAUAAUUGACAGUUGGUAAAUAUCGUGUGGCAGUGUGAGAUGCAGUAGCGUGAAGAAGAGAGGAAGGGUAGCCCAUAUGGAAUAUAAAUGGAAAUGCGUUUGAACUACAGCCAUCGGUGUGGCUUCUCUGCUGUUGAUGGAUUUUCGGUGCAGAGCAAAGUAGAAAGCAGAAUUUACACGUUUGUCUGCCGGCUAAGUAGUUCAUACACGUAAAGUAGACAAGCGAGUGAAUGAUCAAAAUUCUUGAUUGAAAAUUCCCACUGCCGUAAAGGGCAAAUACAGAACAAGUCAUAUGCGACCGGCUCACAAGUAAGUAAAUAAAAAUAGAAAUAAAAAAUAAAUAAACGAUUUUUUUCAGUAUAUAUUUAUUGUAAUUUACGUUAGACUCCU